GACGCCGGACCGCGGGGUGAUGUCGUCACGCAAACUGCGGCUGACGUCGGAUGUAAGCUUCGACGCCGGAAUUGGGCCUAGUGUUUCAGGCUUUUCUGGGCUUUCAGACUUGGGGGUCCGGCCCGCAGCUCAGGGGGAACUCGGGGUCCGUGUCCGACCCGCUGGAUUGACGCUCAGCGCCGAACGGGAGCAGCCGCGAACUUGUUCAGACCGCGGCCUCGGACUUUCCAGUAACGGCAGCCCCGGAAUUGGAUGGUGAUUCGGCUGCUCGAGUCGCUCCCCCUGCAGGGUAGCCCUGUCAGGCAGGGCCGGGGUUGACUUCGUAGCGGGACUGGGCUGUCUGCAUCCAGACAAGUGACUGGCAUUCACUGUAAUAGAGGAGCCCACACCCCUGAGCCGAGUGAGCGGGUUUCCUUGUAAAUUUAUACCUUUAUUAGAUUCACUCUUCCCCCACCCGUAACAGGACAUGCUUAAUUUAGAUGUUUUACUUAUCCCGGACAAAUAAUGGUAAUAGGAGGUUAACAUGAACAGGCAGGAAGGUAUCACUGAGAUUGAUAACCCCCCACUGACUUCAAGCCAACGUAUGAACGGCGUUAGGAUGGGUGAUCAAGAACUGGAAAACGAUGAAGUCAAUGUGGAAAGUAUUCAAGCCGAGGUUGAUAAAGAUGUUUCUCUGGAAAACCAUUGCAGCUGGGAUGCUAAUGGAGAGACCCUGGAGGAAGAUUUUAAUGGUGAUGAGCGCUGUGCGCUUUUGAGCAAAGAUGUUACCGAGAAAGACAACUUUGUGGACAUUGUGGAACUCGAAAACACAUUGAGUGAAGGAGGUAGUGCUUCUGUGUACUUGUCAGACCUAAUGACAGAUUCAGAAAACAAUUUGAUUCGAAAUGGUGUGAUAGAUUUAAGUUCAGAAACUGACAACAUAGAAAAGACUUCAGAUCUUCAAGAUGAUGAUCACUGUCAGAUCAAAUUGCUUUUGAGUCAGUUACGCCUCUAUGAGCAGGGUACGGUGACCUUGGGAAGCAAAGCAAAACUGUUGGAUGGUUAUAGUUUAGAAAGCGGUGGCAAACUAACAACAUGUGCUGAAAGUGAUUCAUUGACCAAUGAUGACAGGCAAUUAUUUGACACAAUUAACCAUCAGGAUGUUUUGACUGAGAUGAGUCAUGAGCCUUUAAUGUCGACUGAGAGACCUAGAAGAAAUGAAAUGAAAGAUCGGCUUCAUCAUGGCAGCGAACUAAACGAAGUAAGCUAUCCAGGUUCAAAGUCUGGUGUCCUUAACCAUGUUGAAUGUGGUGACCAGGCUGUGAAGGUAUUGAGUCAUGCUCCCGAAGGAACUGUUAAAAACAACACAACCUUAAGAGAAGUUUCAUCUGGGAACGUGUUUGGUCAAUCUGUGGAAAACACUGAUAGAAAGCUCCAGCACCAACAGACUGCUGAUUUAUGUGCAGGUAGUUUUGGGGCAAAUGAUGACUCGAGCUCUUUAGAUUGUGAAUCAUUAUAUAGGCUGAAGAAAGACUGGAGGAGAGAGGGAGAGGCUUUGUCUUUAGCCAUUAAAGAGUUAAAAGAAGAAGUUGAGAAUAUUAGCAAAUCCUUUCUUCCUGAAGAUGUUGUUGAGCAUGCUGAUACGCCAAGUCGAGCUGCUUGCCACACAGAAAGCAGUAUCCGUGAGCAUGAUAGUCAGCCGAGGAAGAAAUUUUCUUAUCCUGCAUUUAAAGAAGUGUCAGGGCCCUGUGAUUCUGAGGAUCUUCUUGAUGGAAUCAUAUUUGCAGCAAGUUACCUUGGAUCAACACAGCUGUUCUCUGACAAAAAUCCAUCAACUAAUGUUCGAAUGUCACAAGCACAGGAAGCAGUGGGGAGGAUAAAGGCACCAGAAGGAGAGUCACAGCCAAUGACCGCAGUGGAUCUGUUCAUAUCAACACAGCGAAUUAAAGUACUAAAUGCAGAAACACAGGAAGCCCUGAUGGAUCACCCUCUACAGACCAUUUCGUACAUUGCAGAUAUUGGAACUACAAUAGUUUUCAUGGCUCGUCGACGAAUGCCACGUAAAUUGCCAGACCAGGAGACCAGGAACUCACCUGCUGGAAAGCGAGAGUACAAGAUGAUAUGCCAUGUCUUUGAAUCAGAAGAUGCAUCACUUAUCGCACAAGCGAUAGGCCAAGCUUUCACUGUGGCGUACCAGCAGUUUCUGAAUGCUAAUGGUAUCAACCCUGCGGAUCUGAGUCCUAAUGAAUACAAUGAUUUACUUGACACAGAAUUUUACAAUGGGGAUCUUGUGCAUUUUUCCAAGUCAGAGAACUCCAAAGAGGUCCGUAUAGAGAAAGCGAAGGGAGAGAUCCUUGGCCUUGUAAUUGUGGAGUCAGGCUGGGGCUCCAUCCUACCCACAGUGGUGAUAGCCAACCUCAUGCAUGGUGGGCCAACAGAGCGAUCAGGAGAGCUGAAUAUCGGUGACCAAAUCAUUUCUGUAAAUGGCACUAGUUUAGUUGGACUACCACUUACCACCUGUCAGGGAAUAAUCAAGGACUUGAAAUACCAGUCUGAAGUGACACUGAACAUUGUACGUUGUCCUCCAGUCACCACAGCAAUUAUCAAACGACCAGAUCAAAAGCACCAGCUUGGAUUUAGUGUACAGGAUGGCAUUAUCUACAGUCUCAUGAGAGGUGGAAUUGCAGAGCGAGGUGGAAUCCGAGUAGGACACCGCAUUAUUGAAAUAAAUGGACAAAGUGUUGUUGCAACCCCACAUGAUAAGAUUGUGCAAAGGCUGUCAAAUGCCACUGGUGAGAUACACAUAAAGACGAUGCCAGCAGCAACGUACCGUCUGCUAACAGGACAGGAGCAACCGAUAUACAUAUAACAAAAGGGACAUCACUCCUAACUAGCUCAAACAUUUCAGGAUGUACCGCUUCUACAUUAACAAGGCUUGGUUUGCUGUGCCGUGAUAGUAUUAGGCACCAUUCUCAAUUUACACACUCAAGAGAUGACUUAACACAACUGUUCUACUCUGCACUGAAUUGAGUGCUAUCUAAGAGCUGAGAGCUGCAGCAGCACCACAAGCCAAUGUGAAAGAGGAAGAAAUAAGUUAACCUCUCGGGCAGGAAGUCUGUGUGCUACGUACCAAUGAUUCUGUCACUGAGAUGCAGUGCAGCAAUAUGUGUUACAAGGAGUUUGCACCAAAGCUUCUGUCAUAUCACCAGCACGAACUAGUUAUCACAUGGCAUCUAUAAGCACCUCUAUCGUUUUAUUUAUGUGGAAACACAUGUUGAUUAAUUUUAUCAUUACUAAGGAUAAGGGCUCAACUAUUUUAACUAACAGAUUUAUUUAAAAAUGCAUAAGUUAAGGGAUAGCUUGUAAUACACAAACCAGUGUACCAUAUUUUUGUUUAAACACAUACGGGACAAUAUACGUUGGCAUGCAGAGACUAUGGAGGUAUAUAUGACCUGGUCUUGUGUGAUGGUGCCUUUCUAACUGUGUGACUUCCUAAGAUGAAGGAUCCAGAUUCAAUUUCCAUUCUUGAGUUUUGCUCUGGGUAUACACAUGGCAGUUACAACCUGUGUAUAGACAUUUAAAAAUUCAAGGCACAACUCUGGGUGCUAAAAUUAGCGUCUCUAAACAAGAAAACAAAAUAUCAGCCUGCUGUCCCUGGUUGCUAUCGAGGGAUUUAUUGCCAGAAAUUGCACACAUGGUUGAUGGAUGCAUAAUUUUUUUGAAGUUAUUGAAGGGCUGCUUGCACUUGUGGAAUUGCACCCAUAACCAGGUUCGGUGCCCAUAAACUUGCAUCCCAGCAACAUCAUCCAUGCAUCCAUGGGACCACACCUCGCCAGUAUAUAGUGCAGUUUACAUUUAUUCAUUUAGGACAGCUCUGUUUGAGUUCACAUUUUAUUCACAUACACCCAGGAGUUUGAAGUGUGACGGAAUUCAAAAACAAAGCUGUGUCUAAUUCUGAGGAGGAAUUUGUCAUUCAGAAACUUUAUAAAAUGAAUAAAUCUAGUUAGGGUUCAGUCCCUCCCACUGGAACGUUUAUGGACAUGAGGGUUGGGGUGGAUGUGAUGCAUUACAUAGUAGACCACACUACCAGCUCUGACUGUCUAGGUUCACAUGAAGAAUGAUCAUGUGAUUAAUGGCUGGGGGAUGUGUGGAAUUAAUGCCUUUGGAGGUUACCCUUUGGAGUUAUUCAGUAGGAGAGUGAAGGAACGUAGUGUUGGUUGGUGAGGGCUUGGAAUUAAAUGCUUUGAAAAGAUUCUGAGAAUACCUCAGUUCGGAAUAUUUACCUUUGGUGCCUUGAAAAGCAAUGUGAUGCUUGUUCUGGUAUUUGACAUGCAUAGGGUGUUGAUUAAGAACUAUAUUUGACUUGAUGCGAAUGAAUCUAGCAGUGUUGUGAUGUUUCAUAAUUCACGAGCUUACUGUUUUUUGUUAAGUAAUGUGGCUUAGCUGGUAACGGCUUGUCAUCUGUUACUGAUCAAUGAGCUGGUAGAUCCCCUGUUUAACAUUGGUCUGUGCUGAAUUAGCUGAUCUCAGCUGCGACAGUUGGCAGGGGAGUGGGAUUGGUGGAAUGCCACAAUUCCCCUCAGCUUGCCAGGUUCAUGCACCUAGUCAAUAUAAUUUCCCUGCUGGAAUAUUCAUUGGUAUGCAUUGAGAGUUAGAGAUAGUGCCUGUUGACACUCCCUAUGUGAGAUUCAUAGACCUGUGGAAUUGUAGUCGGGCAGGAGUCAGGGUUUUCAAGCAAGAGGGAGGAAACUUGAGUUUUGGGAAAUACUAUAACUGGCAAUGCACCAGAGCUAUUGAGCUGUAACCUUCUAUUAUAUUAAUUACAUCAGAACUUGUUGAACAGCAAACUGCUGUAAUCAGAGUUGAUCCAUGUGGUAUUUAACAUACACCUGUAAGCUGCCUUUUUGUUUGUGGGUCUGCCCAGAAUUGUUCCAAAGGAAUGUGUGACUAAUGUGUGACGUUAAGGUAUUUGAAAUGAAAAUGAGAGAAUGAGCAAAUUGUUGAGAGUUUCAAGUAAUUAUAUCAUAGUGCUUCCUUCAUACUUAUUUACACUUUUCAUUGCAAUAAAGAAUUAUUAUGGUA